AUGUGGUAUUGGCAUGGUGAUAUAGCAGGUGAAUAUUCGGUUAAAAGCGGUUACUGGCAAAUAGUGGGAAAUUAUGUACAGACGACAGGGAUGUUUGAUAAAUGGCCCAAAUUAUGGAAGCUCAGAGUACCCCCGAGAUGGAAAACAUUUUUAUGGAGAGCCUUGAAUAAUAUAUUGCCCACAACAACGAACCUCAUUAUAAAGAGAGUGGAGAUUAGCCCAGCAUGUGCUAUGUGUGGGAUUAUGCAUGAGAAUGUUAUGCACUCUUUGGUUGAAUGUGAUUAUACAAGGAACAUUUGGGCACAAUCUCGCCUUCCAAUCCCCAGUACUAUCACAGAUAUUUUCCAUGUUUGGUUUAAUGACAUAUUAAAUAUUCUAGAUGAUGAUGAAAUUAUUUAUGCAGUAGGCCUACUAUACUAUAUAUGGCGAGCGAGGAAUGGAGCUGUGUGGGAUGCAUACUUGCCCAGACCACAAAAGAUAAUUGCAACUGUAACCACAGCGAUCCGGGCAUGGCAAAUAGCACACCCGGACCGCCUGAAGCAGCAACGUGCUCCGCGUGGACUGGCCACGGUAAUCCCCGAGCAGCACCAAGGUGCGGCAUUGCAGCCUGCUGCCGUUCUGCCCACACCCCUUGCGGCUGCCUCCGUACGGAAGAGAUGUUACUUUGUCGCGGCCUUUUUCCAGGCCACAAGUAAGGCCGCUGUUGGGGCAAUUUUCCUAGACGGACAGGGAUCGUAUAUCACAGCUCUACAGGCGCCAUUGAUAGACUGUUUUUCCCCGCUUAUGGCAGAAGCAAUUGCAUGUAAAGAAGUAUUAUCCUGGCUAUGGGAUCGUGGAGAGAGAUCGGUAGACAUACUAACGGACUGUUUGUCACUACAACAGUAUUUAUCGCAACCGAAGGAAACACCACGUUCGUACCUCGGCUAUGCCAUUGACACCUGCAGAAACCGGAUGGUUUCCUUUGAUUAUGUUUCAGUUAAUUAUGUUCCUAGAUCAGAUAAUUGUUUAGCACAUAUUUUAGCCACUUCGGCCUUUAAUUAUUCAGCACCUAUGUACUCGGACAGUGGUCCGCCAUACCCUAUUUCAGCAUAUUUCCAAUGA